UUCCAUGAUGGAUAUUUCAUGUGUAAAAGUUCGACUUCUUGAGUCUGAGGUACCAUUGUGAAGGGAUUUGUAUAUUGAGAUGGGAUUUCGUAUUGUAGUAUUGAAUUUAUGGAUUGGUGUAUUUACUAUUUUGUUACGAUAUGGUAAAGCGUCGACCCACUGGAUCGUUACUGAAGAUGGGAAGAUACAGUCUCAAAUGGAUUCUGUCUUUUCCUUAAAAAGACCUUAUGACUUAAUGGCUUUAAUGCAGCAAGAGCAAAGAGCUAUGCUUGUUGAAGAUCUCAAAGAACAUUUAAUGACCCAGAAAGAAGAGAUUGAUCGUAGAGAAGAUAAAGAAACAAAUCUUGAAGAUAAAAUCUAUUCCACAGAUGAAGACUGUAUAAUUGCAGGCAAACCUUUGACAGAAUUUGAUCUUUAUUUCAGCACAGUUAUUCUGUUUGACUCAAAAGAACUCAGGCAAGCCAUUGUCAAUGACUGCAUGAAAGAAGUGUCAACAAGGGAAAAGUACAAAAAACCUAAUUGUACAGAAAUAAUUGAGCUGGAUUUUAGUAUGCAUGCUUUCGAACAUCUUAUGGGAGUUAAAAACCGACAUAAUUUGAGUAUGUCUGCUGAAGAAGGACUUCUACAAACAGUUUCUAGUGGUGUUGACAUUGAAGAAUUUGGUAAUGCUGUGAGAGAAGCCAUGAAAAAGAAUAAAACUUCAUGGAUGUUGUUCAACAUGGCUGCAUAUUAUUGGAGAGAGAAAGGAGAUGCAAAUAAUGCAAUAGAAUGUCUUCGUCGAGCUCUCCACUUUUCACCAAGGGAACAUAAAGAUAUCGCUUUAAUUAGCUUGGGGAAUGUCUUGCAUCGGGCUCACUUUUCAGAAGAGGCUGCAGUUAUAGUACGUGCAGCUAUUGAUAUAGACCCAGACAAUGCUAUUUCACAUUAUACUCUUGGAAACAUUUAUGCUGUUUUGGCUGACUACAAUAAAUCAGUGGUUUCUUUUGAGAAUGCUUUAAAAGUUCAGCCAGAUUUCAAAAAUGUGGAACAACAUCUUCAUGCAGUUCUCUGUCAUAGCAAAUUAGAGAAAGCCUUGGAAGCUCAACACAGCUCGUUACAACGGACUUUGUCAGAGUUGCGAGAGUAUCGAAAACAACAUGAGUUCUGGCUUAAACAACAUGAAAAACUCUUGAGUGAACAAGCACCACCUGAAGUGAAACUUGAACAGAGGUUGGAAUAUGAAGAACAAAAGAUCAGAGAAAGUCUGGAUGGUAGAGGUCAAGAUUGUGUUCAGUUCCAACAAAAUGGUCACACAGUCUUAAGCUGUAAUAUGAGAAGAGAAGCUUACUACCAGGGGACCCAGACACAGGUAGACCUGAGCCUCAACCUGCAGUUGAUUCAAGCUGUUGAAUCACGUGCUGGUCGACUUGGACAGAAGGUGGCAGACAAAAUGGCAGAUCAGUGCCAUCGAUCCUAAGUUUCUUCAUAUAUAUUAUAUAUAUGUAGUUUCUUAUAUAAAAUCAGUUACUUUUUAUCCUAAUAAGUAAAAUAUAUACAAUAUAAUCAUUUAUUUUUUAUUAAAUUUUUUCAGUGGAAGAUAGAAAUAUUAAGUUUUUUUGUUUUUUUUCAUGAAAUUAUACUUUGCUAAUAUCUCUAUUUUCCACUCUAUUGCAUUCUUUGUUAGAUAUAAACAAACUAAGACAGUCAUGCUAUUCUCUUUAAGAGAGAGAGAGAGAAAAAAAAAUGAAAUUAAAAUAUUUUGCUAAAUUUCAAUACUCAACAGAUAUGGUUUUUAUAUGAAAAAAAUUAUCAUAUGAUUCAGAUUUUAAAUAUAUCCCUUAAACUUUUAUUUACUUUUAGAAUAAUUAUUUUUUACAUUAAUUAACUAACUUCAUCACUGAAGCUUUAUACUCAUUUAGUUACGUAUUAGAGCAUGAGGUUCUGAAGUUGAAAGUAACAAACAAAGAAGAAUUUAUACCAGAAGAAUGUGACAAGUGAUAUCUAAUUUAAACUAAACUGAAUCAAAAUUAAUGUAAACUUAAGAUUUUGUCAUCUCUUUCCAGUCAACUUGUAGUCUGGUAAUGUACAUUUUAACAAAAUCAAACUAUUCUUUAAAGUUGAUUUUUUUGUCAUUUACCUUUAAGGAGUUAUGGCACUCAGUUUUACAUAUAGUUUCACAUUGAUAACUUCUACUGUCCGGAAACUCUUAAAGCAAUUUUUACACAUUAACGCGUGUUAAAUGAGUGAUUAAAAAGUUUGUGAACAAGCAGAUUAUCACAUUUUUGGUUUAUUAAUGAAAUAUAAUUUCUUUAGAGAUCACACUGAAAUAAUUAAAAUAAUCUCAGUUUUUUGUUACACUUAAAGGCAGCUGUGGCUAUUUGUAUUGAAUGAAUGAAGUGAAAAACAAACAGAAGAUUCCUUUAUUACUUCUUUUAUAACUAAGAGAAGAAACUAACAUCUUCAUUGUUUUUGGCAGAAAUCCCCAUUGGUUAACAUCUCUCUACUAAUUCUGUCAAAAAGUCAUGAUUGGUUAAUACAUUUUCUCUUUUGAUUCAUUCCAUCAAAAGUCAUCAUUUUUAACUUUUUUUUGCUUGUUCUGUCAAAAGUCAUCAUUGGUUAAGACCUCUUGACUCACUCUGUCAAAAGUAAUGACUUUUUUAGUGUCUCAUUACCUUAUUCUGUCAAAUGUCAAGAUUGAUUGACUUUCUUUAUUUGUCCUGUCAAAAGUCGUGAUUGGUUAACAUCUCUUGACUCAUUUUGUGGAAAGUUGUGAUUAGGUAAUAAUUUUAAAGUAUGUGAUAUUUUAAUGAGAAGCAGUACUCAAAGAACUACAAAAUUCAUGUUAUAAAUAUCCAAAAAUCUAAAAAGAAAACUAAUACAAUUAUUAUCUCUUUGACAUAAUUUUUUGCUUCACCAGUACAUCAUUUUCCAAUAACUUUAAACUUUUUUAUUAUUUAUAUAUAUAUCUCAUGUUUUGAGUACUCCAACAUGAAAAUAAAUGUAUGUAAUUAUUCCUGCUGUCUUUUUUAACUUAUACAAUGAAUGAUAUAUAUUAUAGUAUUAUUUAUUUCUUUUUUUUUCUAUUUUAUCUUACAAAAUAAUGUGUGUAGUGUUAUUAUUGUUUGAAGUACUUGUAUCGUUUUUUCUAGGUGUGUCCAUUCUAAAUAUUUAUGAAAAAAACAACUUUGGUAUAAUUAGAUACAGUCUUCGUAUAUUUAUGUGUAAUGGGUGAACUUAAAAAAUACUAGGCUCUUAAUAUAAAAUCUCCUCUAUCAAAAGUGUGCAAUUUUAUAGGCACAUUGUUUAUACACCCAUUAUUUCUUAGCAUCCGUUCUUUUCUUUAUUCUGCCAAGUUUCAUCAGUUACAUUUUGUUAAUUGAUGCAGUGCGAAAGUAUAAAAUGCUAGGUGAUAGUGUAUGUAAUCAACUUUGACUUUUUUUUUUUGGUAGAAAACGAUCUUCAACAUGUGGGUAUAAAGAAAGAUUCAGGAGGGUUUCAUCAUAUAUUUCAUGUUGAGCAUGAAUGAAAAGUCAUUUAAGCACUUUUAUUUUAUCACUUGGAUAAAAAAUUUUUUUCACUUAAACAGUUAUUACCACAAAUUUUGAAAUGUUUAGAAAAGGGAUGAUUUAGUUUUGGUACCGAAAGAAUCAUAUUGAGGCAAUUGUGUGUUAACAAUUUAGGUAAAGAUUUAUAGAGAAAAUUAUUGUAAAAGACUAAAGGUUUAGAAGAAAUAACACACAUCAACAUUAGUCAUUGUCUUCAGGUUCAGAAAGAACAAUACAACUUAAAGAAGGCGUAAUACAUGUUAAACUCAAUGAUUAGUAGUUUGUGUGAUUGAGAGUCCUAAACACAUGAGUUGUAUGAAAGUAAGGUUGAAAUAGAUGUUUCUAGAUCUUUUGAAACAUAAAAAGCAAAGUAGUUAAUUUUUUUUUUUAUGUAAAUUUAUGGUUUUUUAAACAUUUCACACCUCAUUAAGUUAAUUAAUGUCUUGAAGAUUAUGACUUUGCUGGAUGUAACAAGUUAAAGUAUUGAUUAUUUGCACUUGAAAGAUGAAAUAUGGUAAGAUGGAGUAUGUGUUUCACUAGCACUUGUAGUGAGUGUUCUGUUAGCACUACUCUCAGUGUUGUCUUAAUGCUUGAACUUUUUAUGCACUACACUUGUGAAAUUGAAUGAUAAAUAAAGAUUUCUGAGAUGC